AUGAGAGAAGAAAAGCCAUCUGAUAACAGAGUGAAACCAUCAAAAUUUGCUGAUCAAAACCGCGUUCCAAAGGGUAAUGACAGCAAUGUGAAGGGGAACGACAAUUCCUCAAAGACAAAAUCCUCAUGGGGGUCUCACAUUGUGAAGGGGUUUACGGCUGCGGAGAGAAAAACGAAAAACAAGGUGCAAACCACAACACAAGGUCAGAAAUUGCCACUAGCUGGCUCCAGCGUUGGGAACCAAAAGAACCAGUCUGCGGUUUCACAAUCAAGAAUCAAGAGGUCCCUCAUUGGUGAUCUAUCUUGUUCAAUUUAUGCCACACAAGUUCAUCCACAUACAGUGAAUGGCAACACCAAGACAAAGUCUUUGGGUGGUUCUCAAGAUUUGUUUCUUGAGAUUGAUCAUUUGAGGAACCUACUCCAAGAAUCGAAGGAUAGGGAGUCCAAGUUGCAAGAUGAGUUAUCAGAGUAUAUAAGAAACUCCAAGGUUUUGGACCUUGAGAGAGAGCUUGAACUGAAGAAGAGUGAAAUUGAUGGCCUUGUCCAGAAAGUAGGACUGCUUGAAUGUGAGAGGGACAGUCUAACUGAACAAUUGAUGAUUUCAACUUCUGUUUCAGAGAAGCAGGAUGAAUUAUCGGAAAGAGAAGAACACGAGAAUUCACAUGGUAUAGAGAUGGAGAUUGUCAAGUUGAGGCGCUUGAACAAGGAGCUGCAGCUUCAGAAGAGGAAUCUGGCUUGCAGGAUUUCUUCCUUGGAAUCCCAAUUGGCCAGUCUUGCCAAAGUCUCUGAGACUGACUCGGUUGAUAAAUUUAAAGCAGAGGCGUCUGUGUUAAGACAUAAAAAUGAGGAUCUCUGCAAACAAGUAGAGGGCCUUCAAAUGAACCGAUUGAAUGAGGUUGAAGAGCUUGUUUACUUGAGGUGGGUUAAUUCACGUUUAAGAAAUGAGUUGAACAAUUCCUUGACAGUGAAUUCGAACAAGGUAUCAACCCCAGUUUCUGUUAAGAAAGGAAGGCAAUCUGUUUGCUUCUCAUCUUUUCAGACUGAUGAAGAGUCUAGCAAUAGUGCCACAAAGACGUUAAAUCUUAUAAAAAAGUUAAAGAAAUGGCCUAUUACGGAUGAAGACAGACAUCAAUUAGAAUGCACGGAUAAUUUUGUGAACUGUAAUUGGGAUGAUUCACAGAGUGCUGCACGACGGCACUCUAUAAGUGGAUCAAAAUGCUGCACUGAAGAUAUGAUACUUUCUAAAAGAAGGCAAUCUGAUGGUUUUAUAUGUUCUAAGGAAGCAGAAAAUUUAGAAGCUUCCCAAAAGUAUGAUCUGGGAAUAAUUAACAGUAAAGUAUCAGCUUCAUUAGAGGUUGAGAAACGGGCCUUGAGAAUCCCUAAUCCUCCUCCAAGACCUUCAUGCACGAGUUUAUGCGAACGGAAGGAAGAAAGUUCAACUCAUACUGUUCCUCUCCCACCUCCUCCCCCACCCCCACCGCCUCCGAAGUUAAUGGAUAGAAGAAUGACAGCAAUGGUGCAACGAGCUCCACAAGUUGUUGAGUUUUAUCAUUCACUCAUGAAGAGGGAUUCUAGGAAAGAUUCAUUGAAUGCAGGGAUAGCAGAAUCCUCGGACGUUGCAAAUGUUCGUAGUAGCAUGAUAGGUGAAAUUGAGAACCGAUCAUCGCAUUUGAUUGCUAUUAAGGCAGAUGUUGAGACUCAAGGAGAAUUUGUAAGCUUUCUGAUACGAGAGGUCAAUGAUGCAGUUUAUCCUAACAUCGAAGAUGUAGUUGCAUUUGUAAAGUGGCUGGAUGAUGAACUCUGCUUUCUUGUGGAUGAAAGAGCAGUUUUGAAGCACUUUAAUUGGCCAGAGAAGAAAGCUGACACAUUAAGAGAGGCUGCAUUUGGAUAUAGAGAUCUAAAAAAGUUGGAGCAAGAAGUCUUGAGUUUUCAGGAUGACGCUCGUAUGCCAUGUGAUCUGGCAUUAAAGAAAAUGGUAUCUUUGUCAGAGAGAAUGGAACGAAUCGCCUAUAAUCUUCUUCGGACAAGAGAUUCAUUAAUGAGACACUGCAAGGAGUUCCAAAUUCCCACAGACUGGAUGCUUGACAUGGGAAUAUUAAGCAAGAUAAAGCUAGGCUCUGUGAAACUGGCUAAGAUAUACAUGAAGAGAGUGGCUAUGGAACUUCAAUCUAAGAGCACAUUGGAUAAAGACUCUUCCAUGGAUUAUAUGCUACUCCAAGGAGUGAGAUUUGCUUUCCGAAUGCAUCAGUUUGCUGGAGGAUUUGAUGCAGAAACAAUGCAUGCAUUCGAGGAGCUUCGAGAUCUUGCUGUCGUUUUAAACAAGAACCUCGAUGCACUCAUCGGCCACCUCCGUGCCGCCUUCGGGGAGAACGGUGGAAAGUUCGGAGGCCAACACUUUUGGUGUUCUCUAAGGGAGGUGAGGGACACACAGUCAGGCAGAGGAAUUGCUUACGAAAAGAAGAAACGCAAGAAGGCACAGCAUAAACAAGAAACUCAAGUGAUGUUCGAGGAAUUAGAUUGUAAUAGUGUGAAUUCAGUUGUGGGAUUCAAUGAAAAUCUUGUCAUAGCAGGUUCAUCUGAUGCUAUAAAGUCCAUGAUUCCUUCAUCCGUUCUGAUACCUUCAAGUUGA